AUGGGUCUCGGUAAAGAAGUGAUCAUUGUAGAUAAUAGUGUUGUAGAGUGUUGCAUAUGUUAUCAUAGUAACUUUAGUAAAUCGUUUUGUUGUGAUUCUUGCGAUUUUUGGACUUGUGAAUCUUGCAAAAAACAAUGGCCAAAGAAUCCAAGAAGAAACUAUACGGUUGAGAAACUGAUUGAAGAUGCACAGCAGUUGUGUUGUCACUAUAGCGAUGGUUGCAAUGAGAUCUUCUCCAUUAGAGAGACCACCAAGAAGAAGGAACACGAGGAGAAGUGUCAGCAUCGAAAGGCACCUUGCCCGCUGAGUAAGAUUCUCGGUUGUCACACCGAGGUUUCUAUGUUGCCGGUGGAGAUUGAAAAGCAUUUUGUUGAUCACCACCGACUCGACUCGGUCUAUCUACACGACCAGGAGCGUGAAACAGAGUUCUUCCGUAUGACAAUGAUACCGCCACUCCCAAAGGGCACAGAGACGAGUUGCCUGCUGCUGAAGCAGGAAGAACACACCAUUGUAUUUGUAUCGACGGGCGAGGGUGUCUACCGAAGUUUCUUGUUUCUCUUUGUGACGCCACCGCCCAAGAAGUAUCAGAUCCGAGUGUACGGCACCAGCAGCGCCAUGAUAAAGAUAAACGAUCGUCCACAGAUUUGGGCGGACGUCUGCGAUUCGCUGCCACUGGUUAGCUUCACAAUCUCACAGCAACAGUACCUCAAGUGGAGUCACGCAUCGUCCACCAAAUCAUUUUGUAUACAUCUCAAGGUGGUCGAUCAAGACGAGGAAGACGAAGACGACGAAGACGACGAAGAAGACGACGAAGAAGAAGAUGAAGAAGAAGAAAGUUCCGACGAAGAGAAAUCGAAUUCCUCCUCCGAGGAAAACAACACAACCAAUCCACUUAAAGGUAGCGGUGGUGUAAUACUCUCAAAAGAUAGCGAUGACAAGCAAAGAUAUUUAAAGAAAUUAAAAGUUAAAUAA